UAGGAGAUCCCCGCUCGCCGGUUAUAAACCUCGAACAGUCGAAUGGCGCGGGAAGCCAGGGAAGCCAGGGAAGCCAGGCACCCAGGCGCUGUGCACACCACGUGGGCGGAGCUGCAAUGACGAGAUGACUAGAGCCACGUGGCUGCUGCUCAUUGGCUGCGCUCUCCAACAUGUCCACUGCACGCGACACCAAGCGCUGAAGACCCACACGGGAGACCCGUUCGACGCCCUGCCGGGCAACUUCUGGUACGAGUUCUCGUCGCCGUUCACCGAGUCGUACGACGAGGCGGGCGAGGCAGAGGCGACUGCGACCCCGGAGCCGGCGCCCUUCUUCGAGGACCUGGCCAACUCCACCAACGUGACGGUGCAGCUGGGCGGCUCCGUGUUCCUGCACUGCCGCGUCAACGACCUGCGCGACAAGACGGUGUCGUGGGUGCGGCGCAAGGACGACCAGCUGCAGCUCAUCACGUUCGGCCUGCACACGUACAGCAGCGACUCGCGCUACUCGCUCAGCUACCAGACGCCCAACGACUGGCGGUUGCACAUCCAGUUCGCCAAUGAGCGGGACGAGGGACACUACGAGUGCCAGGUGUCUUCCCACCCUCCCCUCGUCUACACCGUCCUGCUGCACGUCGUCGUGCCGCGCGUGGAGGUGGUGGACGAGCGCGGCGACCCGGUGCCGGAGAAGCACUACAAGGCGGGCAGCACCAUCGAGCUGCGCUGCGUGGUGAGCCAGGUGCCGCACCCCAGCUCCUACGUCACGUGGCGGCACGGCGCGCGCAUGCUCAACUACGACACGUCGCGCGGCGGCAUCAGCGUGAAGACUGACCUGCACCCUGGCGGCGCCAUGAGCAGGCUCUACAUCGCCAACGCCAACAAGCUGGACUCGGGCAACUACACGUGCUCCCUGGCCGAGGUGGCCGCCGCCACGGUGGCCGUGCACGUGCUCAACGGCGAGAACCCGGCGGCGAUGCAACAUGGCGGCUGCGCGCGCUGCCUCUCGCCAGCUGACUGGUGGCUGCUGCGCGCGGCGCUGCUCCUGUCGCUGCUUGCGCCCGCCGCCGCCAGAUGA